AAAUGGUUCUAUAGUUGGGCCGGGCGUCAUGUCCAUCAUGACAGACGUCGUCCGCACGCUCCUGUUCCCAAUAACGAUGUUAUUCGGCCCUUUCAUAAACGAUGCCCUCGGGGAAGCGGGCAAGGCAUUCUCGCAGGAGUUCGCGAGGAGGAGUGACUACUGCACCAGUCAGGAGCAGGAGAUCGAGGCAGACGUCGUCUCUGUUAGACUACUAGCGCACGCAGGCUUCGACCCACGCCAUACUGUGCGCUUCUGGGAGGGCCGACAGGAGUCCUCUCAGGCGGCCGAAUGCUCGCAUGCCCAUGCGAUAGACGCAUCGCGCCGUGCGGAGUCCCUCUCACGUCAGUGGAUGGGCGAGGCGCAUCCCAUGAAUGUGGUGCGUGUGCAGAAGCUCAAGGACGAAUUGCAGCGGUGGGAGAUAGCCAGGCAGGCGGCGAGAAAAGUCAGGAUCGGCGAGUGGGAGGAGGACGAGGACAUGAGAGGGGUGCUUGUCUAGGGACGCGGAUACAGAGGUAUGCACUCACACCGGUCGCUUCUUCGGGGUUUCUUUUGCGCUACUUUACUUAUCUAUCACUUUCACUCGCUGUCUAUGGACCCCUCGCUUCGUGUAUAAUAAAUGGGUAGAUAUAUUACUAUAUAAUUCUGUUACUACACUGCUA